AUGAGAUCAAUUGGUGCUGCAGAACGUGGAUUAGAUUUAAUGCUUAUGCGUGUUACCGAUCCUUCUCGUCGAACUUUUGGAAAAUUACUAGCUGAACGUGAAACUAUAAUUGCUGAUAUUGCACAUUCACGAAUGUUAAUUGAUCAGGCUAGGUUACUCGUUCUAAAUGCUGCAGAUAUGAUUGAUAAAGUAGGUGCCAAAGGCGCCUUGAAAGAGAUUGGUAUGGCAAAGGUUAUAGUACCAAACAUGUUACUUACAGUUAUUGACCGGUCAAUCCAGUCUCAUGGAGCUGGUGGUUUGUGUGAUGAUUUUCCACUUGCUUCCCUUUAUGCUAAUGGGCGUACUUUAAAAUUUGCCGAUGGACCUGAUGAAGUACACAUACAACAAGUUGGUAAAUUAGAAUUGAAAAGAGCAAGUAAAGUUAAAGAAGAGUAUGAAAAAAGACCAAAAAUUAAAAAUGUAAAUGCAAAAUUAUAA